UACUGGAUUACUGCUCUCCGCUGCGGUGUCUGGCCAUGCUGAUAUAGACACUGCAUUUAGGUCUGUGAAAUCAGCAGCCAUGAGUGGGUUACUAAAGCGCAAGUAUGAAGCCCUGGUAGACGAGACCACAUACUCCUCUUCCUCAUCAUCUCCAUCCUCAGCUGCCACCUCUUCAGGAGGGGAAUCCGAUGACGAAUACAGCUACAGUCCCCGGCCGAUCAUUGGGGAUUACACUCCUAUGUCCAUUUUAAAGAAAGCAAAACUUGCAAAGAAGAACAAAGUACAUUUUGAUCGGGUGGUGGUGUUCUACUUCCAGCGAUGCCAAGGGUUUACCAGCGUGCCGAGCCGGGGUGGUUGCACUCUGGGCAUGCGGCGAAAACACAGCUAUAGCCGACAGUUUACUAUGGAAGAAUUUUCUAGGGAACAGUUGAACCGCCGCAGGGAGAAAUUAAAGGAACGGUUAAAAGAGGAGAAGCUGCUGACAUUAAAAAAUAUGUUUACAAUGAACGGUACAAUAGAAUCAGAAAAGGCCAAUAACCUCAGCAUAGACGACAUCUGUGAUGAAGAUAUAGACCUGACCAAUGGAGAGCUUGAAGAUGGCUUCAGUCCUCGCAUGUACCCUUCCAAGAAACGGAGGGCACUGCUCAAACAAGAAGGCAUCAAAAAAAUUGAUAAAACUGAAAAGUAUGAGCUCAACGAAAUCCGGAAAUCACGAGAACAAUGCGGGUGCGAUUGCCAGGAUUUCUGUGAUCCAGAAACGUGCAGCUGUAACUUGGCAGGAAUCAAAUGUCAGAGGGAUCAUUCCACUUUUCCAUGUGGAUGUACCAAGGAUGGUUGUGGAAACCCAAACGGAAGAGUAGAGUUCAAUUCAUCCCGCGUGCAGACCCAUUUCAUCCAUACGGUUAUGAAACUCGAGCUUGAAGAGAAGAAUCAAAAUAAUGAAAGAGACGAUGAGCCAGAUGUAACCUGUAGUGAACGAUUGGAUCCAUUUGGAUGCUCGUCACUUGACAAUGAUGAAGAAGACGACGACAACAGGACUGUUCCUACCAACACAACCACCAGUUCCUCCCCCUAUCAUUUCAACGUGGACAUGGAACCAGCAAGUGAGAACAGCUGUAGUAGUGAUACCACAGACAGCUCAAGUUCCUCUUCUCAGAGUGAAGUCUCUGAAGGUCCUUAUGAACAUGCCUCUUCGUCUGAUAAAUCCCAGUCAGACUUUGAGGAAGACUAUCUUGCUAGGAUUCUUCAUUUCAAUGAUUCGGAGUACGAGGAUAACAGCAGUGACUGUCAAGACAACUUAAGUUUCUUUCAUAGCACGGAUUUUUUCUGUGACAAAGUUUACGAGUCCCUUUAUAGUUCCGAAAAAUCCACUAGUGGGGUGUACUCAAACUCUUUAUCGAACAUUACAAAAUGUGUCGAUGAAAACGCAAACCAGGGUGCAGAUUGCUUUUCGGACAAUGGUGUGUCUGUGGCCAUCUCUACUGAUUCUACUGUGACACAAGGAGAGCCACUCUUAAAAAACUACAUGGAUAUCAGCCUUUCCUCGGAAACCUUUGACUUACCCGAUGAACCAGAUUACAAUUUUGGACCUCUAUACAAUUCGUUAAGCGAAUAUGAUAAUUUGUGUUCUCAGCAGUGUCUAUUAACUUUCCUUCCUGGAUUUCCACCAGCGUCUGACCCAACUGCAAGCUUCUUAGAAUCUUUAAUUAGUUCCUCGGAAUCCUCUGGUGACAAUCAAUACUUAGAAGAUGCCUUAAAAUCGCCAUCUCCUUUCGAAUCGCUUAUAGCGUAAACAGUGGAUUACUGAAUCCCAUCUGUGGCAUAUUACGGAGACAUUACUAUGAUGAAAUAUUUGAAAUGUUUCUAUGUUUUUACAUGGAUACAUAUAUUUUUGGCCUUUAUAUGGGGAAUACACAUUUUUGGAAUACUGCCACAGGAACCUGUUUACUACACAUUGAUUUUUGAACUAUUUUUUUUUUCUUAGAAGUUACUUGUAUAUAAAACUGAAGAAUUGUGAUUUUGUUUGUAGACCUGUGAACAACUAUUUUAUGAAUUGGGGGAGGGGGGGAAAGAAACUCCCAUAUGUUCAAUGCUUUUAAGAUAAACUUUAUUCAUGUAUUUAUUGUAAAAUGAAAAAUAUGUGCAGAAGUAGUGUGCACUACUUGGGUUUACAGAAAACAAGAAAAAU